CCUUUCGGCGCUCGAAAUCUAAAGUAUUGCUACACAAAGAGGCAUGGGUAAAAAGGUUAAGACAGGAAAAGCUAGGAAAGACAAGUUUUACUUCCUUGCUAAGGAGACAGGUUUCAGAUCUAGAGCAGCUUUUAAGUUAAUUCAACUAAAUCGUCGCUUCAGAUUUCUAAAUUCGUCCAAGGUUCUAAUUGAUCUAUGUGCUGCCCCAGGAGGUUGGCUGCAAGUUGCAGCGAAAGAAAUGCCUGUAUCGAGCCAUAUCAUAGGCAUUGAUCUGGUCCCUAUUCAGCCUAUCCCAAGAGUAAAAACCUUUAUUGCCGACAUUACUGCUGACAAAUGCAAACAGCUUUUGCGAAACGAAUUAAAUGAUUUGAAAGCUGACGUUGUUUUGCAUGACGGUGCACCAAAUGUAGGAGCUUCGUGGUCAAUAGAUGAAUAUGGACAAGCUGUUCUCUGUCUUCAUUCAUUUGCACUCGCUACAGAGUUUCUGCGCAGAGGUGGUUGGUUUGUUACUAAAGUAUUCAGAAGUCGAGAUUAUGAACCUUUAAAAUGGGUUUUAUCUCAAUUCUUUCGGACGGUACGUGCAAUCAAACCCGAAGCCUCUCGACUUGAAUCAGCAGAAAUCUUUCUCGUCGGACAAUCUUAUCUCGCUCCAGCACGUAUUGACCCCAAGUUUUUGGAUGUAAAGCACGUGUUUGGCGAAGUUGAUGUUCCAAAGGAUCGUGCAACAGUAGUGUCAUCUUUUCUGAAGGAGAGUCGAAAAAAGAAGGCCGAAGGCUAUGAGGAGGGUGAUACAUUGUAUCACGAACUGCCGUUAUCUGCAUUUCUGAAAUCUAACGAUCCUCUGGAAUCUUUAGCAAAGACCAACAAGGUUAUCUUCGAUAUCCCAGAAAUCGCAAGUCAUCCAUUAACAACAGCCAUAAUAAGAGAAGAUUUUGAUGAUAUUCAGGUUCUUGGAAAAGCAGAUAUUAAGAACCUGCUGAAAUGGAGAACUAAGAUUCUGAACAUCUUCAAGCCUGAAACAAAAGAGUCUAACGAAACCAAUGAGUCACCUGAUCUUGUUAAGCCUAAAAUGAGUGCCAAUGAAGAUGAAGAAGAUUUGGAAGUCGAGACAGAAGUUCAGAGACUGUUGAAUGAAGAAGAAAAGAUGAAGAAAAAAAAGUUAAAGAAAGUUAGAAAAGAAAAGCGAAAGCUUGCUGAGCGUUACGUGCUUAAAAUGGCGCAUGAAUCUGAUCAUAUUGAACAAAAUGAUGACGAGUUAUUUUCCUUGGCUGCUGUAAACGAUCUGGUUGGCUUAGAAGAAUCUAACCAACUUUGUGGAGAUACUAGUCAUACAGGUGCAGAUGAUUUGGCCCGUGAACAAAUUGACGCUGCUCUAAAGGCUAAACGUAAAAGUUUGGCUGAUGAAAGACGUUCAGCGGUGGAAGGUCGGAAACGCGUUCAUUUUGAGAGACGUGCUGAGGAUCAGACGGCAGAGUACUUGCCUACAGAUGAAUCGGUUAGUGGAAAGCCUACUAAUCUCCAACGUGAUGAUUUGUAUGUCAGUUCUGAAGACAGCAGUGAUUCUGAAUCAGACGAAUGGAAUAAGGAAGAUGAAGAUAUCAGUUUAGAAUCAGAUUUUGAAUCUUCAGGAGAUGUAAGUGAUACAAAUAAUGCCAACACUCCAGAGUUGGGUUCAAAGGAUAAGAAACCUAAAUCUAAGCGGCAAAUGAUCCUGCCACCAGGAUUAGCUUUAUCUACAACUGAGCAAGGUAAAAGGAAUCCCUUACUCGUGGAUUUGGAUGAUGCUGAGGAAAGUGUGAAAAAGAAGCGUAAAAUUGAUUCGUGGUUUGGUUCAAAUGAAAUAAAAGAAAUAUUGACUCCACUUAAUGAAGAUAAUAAUGAUGUCAUUUCACUUGUAUCAAACAAAAAAUCACGAAAAUCGGAUUGUGCACUAGAAGUCAAAGCAAACAAAAAAGAUAAAGAGAUAGACAAGAAGAAGACGAAGAAAGAGAAGAAAGUUAAAAUUGUUGAUAGUUCUGUAUCAGCGCCGUCAACAACUGAUCCGUCCACAAUUUCACCUGAGAAACUUGAGAAAUCAAUACAUCGCAUACGGCGUCUCAAUCGCCCGUUAACUCCAGAAGAGCGGGCUUUAGCAACCCGUCUCAUUCAGUCCGCAAAAUCCAGGCGAGAGCUACUUGAGUCAGGAUAUAAUCGUUUCCAGUUUUUUGAAAAAUCCUCUGAGUUACCGGAUUGGUUUGUUGAAGACGAAAGGAAACAUAUGCGAAAACCUAUAGUUGUUAAAAAAGAGGAAAUUCCAGUCGAUAUACCAACAAUGGGUCGUUCUCUUUCGAAGGCAGAACAAGCUAAAGCACGUAAAAAGGCUCGUCUAGCGAAACGUUUGAAAAGAAUUCGUCAAAAAGCAGAAGAUAUAUCCGAUGAAAUACCCGAAACUGAGAAAUGGCAACAAAUAAAACAAAUGUACAAAAAGGCUGGUUUAUUAAAGAAACAACGUCGCCCUCUGCAUAUGAUUGUGAACACAAAAGCCGGUUCACGUGGCAGUACAAAAGCACCAAAAGGAGCUAAAGUUAAGAUUGUCGAUAAACGAAUGAAAGCGGAUUUACGAGGACAAAAUAAAGCUAAGUUUGGCAAAAAGGGAGGCAGAGGUAAAAGCAAAGCUGGACGGCCUGGAAAACCGAAAGGAAUGAGAAAAGGACGUUAAGAAUGUUGUUUUACUUGACUUCCAUUUGUACAUAUAUAAUAUGAUUUGGUGAUAUAAAUCUCUGAAAUUUUCAUACUCUUGGUUUUCUUUGAGACAGUUUUAUAUCGAAAUAGUGCCUUUACUUUUUUAUCUGCUUAUACCUACCCAUACAAUGCUUCCAAUUGUGAAACGUUAAUGGAUAUUUGCAUUCUGAAGUAAAGCAAUUUAAAUAUAUCUGGGUGUUUUUUUAAGAUGGGCAGACUAAUAUUUUGUGACAUAAUUAGCGAAUACUGAUUGAGCAUUUGAAAUAUCUUGUGUGGUAAUAACAUUCCUUCUUAAAUUAUGAAGUUUCAUUCAUUUUAAACUCAUAAUAUUGGAAAUAUUUCAAAACGUUUUCUUCGAGUGUUGUUUGAACUUUACUCACUGUACACAGUUACAAAGAAAAAUAUACUGAUUAUCACUUGGAAGAUCAGUAAGUUUGGUUGGGAAGAACCCCAUGAAGUACUGUCAUGUAAUGAACAUCGG